GGUGAAUCAGAGCUUGUUGAUUGUUUUAUAUUGAUAAAAGCUUGAAAAUCUCCACGAUAACAAAAUGCUGAUGACACGAUUUUUGAUGCCAAUGCUGUUUGCGUUUGGCCAAGUUGCCAACAUAUCUGCUCUGGUAAUAAUGCGACGCCAAUGGAAAAAGAUCAAGAAACACAUUGUGAGCCACGCUCUUGUUCAUUUGGCUAUUUCCGACAUUAUAUACCUGCUUGUAUUGGGAGUGAUGAGUUUGGAACAAUUGCUGCAGCAUGUCAUCUCGCCAUAUCUCUGCAAACCGAAAUUUUUCCUCGAUGUUCUCUCUCAACACGUGAGUGCUUGGCUCAUUGUGAUGAUGAGCUAUGAGCGAUACCAAGCCAUGAACCAGCCAUACACCUACAGCUCAACAUACCACUCGAACAACACGAUCGCUCUGCUUAUUGUUUGGCUAAGUGGUUUUAUAAUUUCUGCUCCCAUGGCCAUAUUUACUUCGGCCACUGAAGAUUCCUAUCCAGACCUUAGCGAGCAUGGUAUCAUCCUGAAAAACAUCACAGUUUUGCACUGUGGCAGCACAUGGGACCCAACUUGGAAGUCCCUCUACUUCUCUUUACUCGCUGUGAUGGAGUGUUUCAUCCCUGUGGGCUUGAUGGUUUUCUUCUACGUCGGAGUCUUCAAAAACUUUGUUCGACAAGUCAGAAACCCGAGGAGUGCCCUGUGUCACAUCAACCAACACCGACUGAGUUUCGUGCUGGGUCUGAUAGUGAUGAGCUUCAUUGUCUCCUACGCGCCCUUCUACUCAAUCCAGAUGAUCAACGAGUUCCACUUCCUCAAGGAUCACCAAGUCCCCGUCAUCUACAUGACUGUCGUGUUCCAGAUCCUCACAUACGUCAACAGCUGUCUCAACCCUAUUCUCUACGGCGGCUGCACCAAGAAGUUCAUGCUCAUUCGGGACUUGGCUGACAUGACAAUAGGAAACAACCCGCCUGCUCCGGCGUACGGCGGCAACGCAAACCAGGAAAGCAAAGCCCCUUAUGUUCCUUCGACGACUUGCGAGUUAACCAACAAAAUCGACUGCACCAUUACAUAAACUUUUUAAAUUAAGCUGGCUUUUUACCAUCCCUGCCACAACAAAAAACUAUUUUGUGAUCACGGCAGCCUAAAAUUUCAUUCGGCUGAAUAAGGAACAGUUCAGUUCAAGUUUCCCCACAACGCUAUUUAGACUUUUAUAAUCCAAAAUUGACGUUUUAGAGUUUUGCCUGGAAUGGUUUUCAUUUUUGAA